AUGGAUAAGGCAGCCAAAAAAGUUCGCACCGAAAGCUCAUCAGACAGCGGGAUUCUCGAAGAAUGCAAGAAAGAAACUACCCCUCCACCGAGAACGGUUGCAAUUGUCGUGGAUGUUGUUCAGAACAGAGGCGCUAUACGGAUUUUCGAGAAAGAAAGCGGUGAAUACGUCGACGGAGUUGGAACCGAGGAGGAAGGCUUUCGGAUCAUCAUUCCAUGGAGAGACACUUGGCGCUUCAGAGCAUCGGGCGUCGUUGAAGUUGGGUAUAUAAUAGCAAAUGAGGCAGAUUAG